AUGAAAAUGGAGGAAGUGAUAAACAAGCUCCAGAGACAGUUUGCAAUCCUUAAGAAGGAUGCACUUGGCGAACAGUCUUUAGAUACUCGGAGGAUAUUAGUCAAUUUCAUCUGCAAAAUUGUCAAUAGUGGAACCGGUUCCUCGAGAUACAUUAUGAUAGAAUUGGUAAAGAUAAUUUCUUUAGCCACAAGGAGAUUACUGAAGAUCGCUGAAGCAACUAUCAGUCUUGAGCAGCUUAUGAAAAGGCUACAUCAAUAUGAGGCUAUGAACAGAUAUGGUAUCAGAUCAUGGCCUUCAUCUUCCGCAACUUUAUCAUCUUUUCUAUUUGAAAAGGUUAAUGUUAUGGUUGAGGAAGCUGGGUGUUUUGAUAUCUUUCAUGCAUCCACGGGUGCACGUUGUUUCUGCAAUCUUGGACUGCCAGCUAUUGGAUUCUCACCUCUAGAAAACACUCAUAUUCUACUCCAUGACCAUAAUGAGGAUGAAGUUGUGAAGCUAUCGCCCCAUGCUCAUGCCAUUAGAGACAUAUAA